CACCGGCACACAGACGAACAGCACUGAUCUGAGAUCUUCCUCAUCUUCUUCUAUAAUUAUAUCUCUGCUUGCAAAUCGUAUUUCCCCAAUCGAGUCCUUCCACCCCGAGAAAAAGCCCUGUAAAGGAGAAAAAGCUCCCAACUUGAAGCGCCAUUUCCGCAGAUUUCUCAGCUCUCUCUCUCUCUGGGGGCUUCCUUUCCUUCGUUUAAUGAAAGCAUAGAUAGGGCCGAUUCGACGAAGCGUCGCACUGCAAUUGGCUCCGCUUCGGCAGCCUGACAUCCCCAUCGGCCUGCACGCGUCGAUCUCCUCGGAUCUUCGCAUGAGAUUGGUCUCCGAUGGCUCCAAAGAUGAAAUCAAGUGAUGGAAGGACUCGUAGCUCCGUGCAAAUAUUUGUGGUGGUUGGUUUGUGCUGUUUCUUCUACAUUCUCGGUGCUUGGCAGAGAAGUGGUUUUGGCAAAGGAGAUAGUAUAGCUGUGGCCAUUACGAAGAGUGGGGCAGAGUGUGAUGUAGUUUCGAACUUAAACUUUGAGACCCACCAUGGGGGUGAAGCCGGGGUUGGUGAUGAUUCCAAGCCUAAAACUAUUGAACCAUGCCUCCCUCGGUACACUGAUUACACCCCUUGCCAAGAUCAGAAGCGUGCCAUGACGUUCCCUAGGGAAAACAUGAACUAUCGAGAGAGACACUGUCCUCCUGAGGAAGAGAAGCUCCAUUGCCUGAUCCCAGCCCCUAAGGGAUACGUGACUCCAUUCCCGUGGCCAAAGAGUCGGGAUUACGUGCCAUAUGCAAAUGCCCCUUACAAAGCACUGACUGUGGAGAAGGCUAUUCAGAACUGGAUUCAGUACGAGGACAAUGUUUUCAGGUUCCCUGGUGGUGGAACACAGUUUCCUCAGGGAGCUGAUAAGUAUAUCGAUCAGCUUGCUUCGGUGAUUCCAUUUGAAAAUGGCACUGUCAGGACUGCACUUGAUACUGGUUGUGGGGUUGCUAGUUGGGGUGCCUAUCUUUGGAGCAGAAACGUAGUUGCCAUGUCAUUUGCGCCGAGAGACUCACACGAAGCUCAGGUGCAAUUUGCUCUUGAGAGGGGUGUGCCUGCAGUGAUUGGUGUUCUUGGAACAAUAAAGAUGCCGUAUGCAUCGAGAUCCUUUGAUAUGGCUCACUGUUCUCGUUGCUUAAUCCCAUGGGGGGCAAAUGAUGGUAUGUACCUCAAGGAGGUUGACAGAGUUUUAAGGCCCGGUGGUUACUGGAUACUCUCAGGCCCACCAAUCAACUGGAGGACCAACUACAAAGCAUGGGAACGUACCAAAGAGGAUCUUGAGGAGGAACAGAGGAAGAUUGAGGAUGUCGCGAAACUCCUUUGCUGGGAAAAGAAGUAUGAGAAGGGUGAAAUUGCCAUUUGGCAGAAGAGAGUAAACGCUCAUUCAUGCCAAUCUCAACAAGACGAUUCCCGAGCUACCGUUUGCAAGGCAUCAGAAGUUGAUAAUGUCUGGUACAAGAAGAUGGAGGGAUGCAUAACUCCAUAUCCUGAUGUUAGCAGUCCUGAUGAAGUCGCUGGUGGGAAAUUGGAACCAUUCCCGCGGAGGCUCUAUGCUGUCCCUCCUAGAAUUGCCAGUGGAUCUAUUCCUGGAAUUUCUGUUGAGACCUAUCAGGAAGACAAUAGUCAGUGGAAGAAGCAUUUACAUGCUUAUAAGAAAAUCAAUAAACUUCUUGACACUGGAAGGUACCGCAAUAUUAUGGACAUGAAUGCUGGGUUGGGAGGUUUUGCUGCUGCAAUUGAAAGUCGCAAACUAUGGACAAUGAAUGUUGUGCCCACUAUAGCUGAAAAGGACACACUCGGUGCCAUAGCUGAGCGAGGAUUAAUUGGCAUAUACCAUGACUGGUGUGAAGCUUUCUCCACAUAUCCGAGGACAUACGACCUUAUCCAUGCCAACAGGGUUUUCAGUUUAUACAAGGAUAAGUGCAAUGCGGAGGAUAUUCUUAUAGAGAUGGACAGGAUUCUACGCCCAGAAGGAGCAGUAAUAUUCCGUGAUGAAGUCGACGUGCUAAUUAAGGUCCGAAAGAUAGUCUCGGGGAUGAGGUGGGACACCAAGAUGGUCGACCAUGAGGACGGGCCCCUUGUCCCAGAGAAGAUCUUGAUCGCUGUUAAGCAGUAUUGGGUUGCAGGUGGGAACUCGACGUCCCCACAGUGAGCAUAGAUUGAGAAGGUAAACUCUGAAAGCUCCCAGAACAGCUAUUGUGGAGGGACUCUUUGGGAUGAGAUCAUGUUAUUAACUCAAGUAGAAGAAUUGUCACACGGAGUCCUGAGACAGGAGGGGAAAUCACAUGAUUCAAUCGAGCAUUGCCUGGCUUAUGUUUUAUUCGGUAGUAACUUAUUUAGGUAGAGCUGCAGUACCAUGAUGUAAGAGUUUUGGAUAAUUACUUAUUUUUUGGUAUCUUUGGUUCCCCUCUUUAUUAAUGAUAUAACCACGAUGAGGCAUGAUUUGCGCCCUUUUUUUCGUAA